AUGGCAUCAUUAAUUUCCAAUAUUUCAUCUAACUUAUCCUCUCCAAAUGCUUUUGAGACUGAAUUCAGACGAUAUCUGAAAAGUCUUAUUUAUCAUCUUUCAUUUGUUCAAGCAUUUAUUGUUUUAUUCGGUGUACUUGGAAAUAUUCUUGUAUUGGUUGUUAUGAAUAGAAGGUCUUUAAAAAAUACAUCAUCCUCUGUAUAUAUAACUUGUAUGGCAAUAUUGGAUAGUUGCGUUCUACUUUUGCAUGGUGCGAAUCUAGCAAGAUCGAGUCAAAAUCCUUUUAUUCAUUGUUCAUUAACUUAUCUUACAGAUUUAGCAAUAUUUUGUGCUAAUUGGGUUCUUGUUAUUAUAACAUUAGAACGUUGUGUUGCUGUUUAUUCACCAUUUGUUGCUAAACGUCUUUGUACUGUAAAUUCAGCUCGUUAUUCAAUAUGUAUCUUCUUAACGAUUUCAACCAUCAUUUUUUCUAUAAAAUUUCCAUUUAUUUAUGAUAUUAAACAGGCUUCUAAAUAUAAAAAAUGUCUUGUACAUUCAAAUUCUGGAUUAAUUCUUCGUAUAUAUCAACCAAUAUUAUUUUAUGCGAUACCAGAUUUACUUCUUCUAUCGAAUUUAUUCACUGUUUAUGCAUUAUUUCGACGAACACAACGACUUUCAUCAGCUUGUUUAAAGGAUGAAGAAAAAUUAGAUAUGCGUAUAAAUGAUAUUAAUUCAAAUCGUAAACAACGACAACUAACAAUUAUGCUUGUUACAGUUAGUUUCUCAUUUUAUUUAUUUACAACACCAGCAAUGAUUAUGUUUAUCAGUGAAUAUCAACCAGUACAACAUAAUGAUAUUAAUAAAACAAAACGAAAUUUUUUCAUUUCACAAAUGUCUGUUAUAUUAUUAGAAUUAAAUAAUGCAACAAAUUUUAUAUUUUAUUGCUUGGCUGGUCAACGUUUUCGUCAAGCAACUAGACAAACAUUUUAUGAGUAUUCAGAAAACUUGAAGAUUUUUUAUCAUCGAUAUAUUUUAUGCAAUAAAGAAUAUAAUCCUGCACCGAUGUAUCAACAUCGUUUAGGUUAUAUUGGACAAACAACAAUAACUCCUCGUAGUUCAUAUUUUCCAUGUAAUCCUCAAUCUCCAUAUAGAACGUCAACAAUAUGA